GCGUGUGUGUGUGUGUGUGUGCAAUGUCAUUGUUAUGAAUAAUCCUACAACGAAUACCAGAGCGUCAAACGCUACACGACAGUCUUCUCGAAGUCGUAGACGUAAACUACUUUCGUUUAUUGAUAUGUGACCUUUACCUGUGUUGUAAUCCUUGUAUACGUUUAUGAUUACGUAUUUAAGGUCGUUUGUGCGACUUGGAAACCGAAAGUAUGCAGCGUCCGCCAAACUUUCGCUUUCGGUUCCCAAAGAGCUCGUGCAGUGCUGAACUUUACACGUGCCUGGGGCUCUCUCAUUACUUUUUUAGUGGUCAACUUGGACUUGAGUUGCAAUACGGUUUUGCCAGGGGGUACAUUGGUUGGACCGAGCCCAUGUGAUGAGUGUGAUGAAGACGCAGGAAGGGCCCAGGACGCACUUGAAAGAGUGGCUCAUAGCUCAGGUGGAGAGCGGCGCCUAUGAGGGUCUUUGUUGGGAGGACCGGGACAAAACCAUGUUCAGGAUUCCUUGGAAGCACGCAUCCAAGAAGGACUACAAGCAGACGGACGAUGCUGCACUUUUCAAGGCCUGGACCUUGCACAAGGGGAAACACAGGGAGGGACGAGACAAGGACAACCCCACUUUGUGGAAGACUCGUUUGCGCUGCGCACUGAACAAGAGCACAGAUUUCCAAGUUGUCCAUGAGCUGAGCCAGCUGGACAGCUCUGAGCCUUAUAAAGUUUAUCGCAUCCAGCGAGGCGACGCAAAGGCUUGCCGAGCUGAGUCUACGCCGACCAAAGUCCACCUGAUCAGCCAAGUUAAGACAUCGCCAAGGAGCUCCGAUUUCCAAGACAAUCAGGAAUCAUUUCAAGCUCACGAAGAAGAGCCGGAAGAAGUCCAAAGCCAACCCCGUGAUUUAAUGAUGAAACAAACGUAUUCUGAGCUGACAGAGGAAACAAGUCACUCUCAGCACUCUGCUUUAAUGGCUUGCACCGCUCUAAAUACCAUAUCAGAUUUUCGAAUGCAGGUGACACUGCUGUAUCAGGGCCAAAGCGUGGCGAAGUGCACCACCAAGAGUCCCGAUGGGUGCUUCAUCCUGCAGGGUCGUGUCCCUUUAGGAAGCGAGCGUAUAUACGGGCCUUGCACCACGGAACGGCUCAACUUCCCUUCCCCAAAUCGCAAACACAUGCCGUCAUGCACGGUGGACGCAAUAACCCGACUUCUCUGCCAUCUGGAAAGCGGUGUACUCUUAUGGGCUGCUCCUGAUGGGGUGUUCAUCAAGCGCUUCUGCCAGGGCAGAGUGUACUGGAGUGGCCCCCUGGCACCCCACACUGACAGGCCAAACAAACUGGAACGGGAGAAGACCUUCAAAUUGCUGGACACGUCAACAUUCCUUAAUGAUCUUCAGAGCUGUUUACAAGGAAAAGGAGCACCACCCAAUUGUACAAUUGAACUCUGCUUUGGGGAGGAGUACCCAGACCCGACAAUCCCUAAAACCAAGAAGCUUGUCAUGGUACAGGCUGUACCCGCGUUUGCAGUGGAACUGCUGCAGAAGCUCCGCUUGGAGGAGAUGAAGGAAAAGCCGGACAGUUCUGUCACUAGUCAAGGGAAAGAAGAUCAGAAAGUCAACCAUCCUGCAGUGGGGACAACAUAAGCCAGCAAAAGUUUUAUUUCUCCUUUCACGAUCAUGCAAGCAAGACUUUGCCACCCAAAGAUGUGUUGUUAAGGGAAAUAACUUUGAUACGGUAUUUUAAAUGUACAUAUUUUGUCAGCACAGUGAAGCCUGUCAACUUAUUGCUUUCAUAUUCAACCAAAGUGUUGAAAAUGAUGUGGGGAAACCUUUUCGCCAUGCAUAUUCCAAAUGCAACCGCAGAAAGGGAAAUUAUAAUGAUAAACACAACAGGAAAUCAGAAACACCUCACUUCAAAGUCCAAAUGUGUGAGAUAAAUUCAGCGUUUGCAUGAGGUGACUCACCUUCCUCGUAGAAACCCUCAAUGUUCAUCACUGUGUCCGUCGCUUGUCAUCAAAGCAUUUCGAAACCUGAACAAGUCGAGGGCACUGCAUUGUGUUUGACUGCCAGUUUUACUUCAUUGCCUUUCGCUCAAACUGUAUAUUUUUGAAAGCUAAUAAAAGUUUUGAAACAGUUGCUUUUGCAGAUUUGAGGAAAUGCUUGGAAUAAAUCACAAGUGCUGAGUAAAUCUAAGAA